AAGGAUCACGACGCCGCCAACGAAGCCUCAACGGGAAAAAGCGGUCGUUGCCCCCUGCCCGCGCUCCCUUGGACCAACGACGACGGAACGGACCGCGCCACGACCGCGCCUGGCCUGCUGGAUGGAUACCAACUGCUGCUGCACCAGCUGGAGAUUAGCGCAAAGCAGGGCUCGCUAACGCAAACGAGGUCGACUUCAUCAUGGACGGCUCACAGGAGGCGGAAGAUGAAGAGUGCGUCCACCAUCCACGCGUCAUCAUUCACAUCGACAUGGACUACUUCUACGCCCAGGUCGAGGAAGUACUGAAUCCGUCGCUCAAAGAUCGACCGUUUGCCGUAAAACAGCGGUUCUGCGUUGUCACGUCGAAUUACAUCGCCCGCGACCUCGGCAUUCGAAAGCUGCAGCCAGUCAAGGAAGCGCUCGCAAUCUGCCCCGAGCUAGUGCUGGUCAACGGAGAAGAUUUGACCAAGUAUAAGGCGAUGUCGCAGCGGAUUAAUGAAAUCAUGCACCGGUUUACGCCGCACGUCGAGAAGCUGGGACUCGACGAGAACUACCUUGACGUGACCGAGCUGACCGCGGAGCGGUUGGAGCAGCUGGACGGUGAAUCAUCAAUCAGCAAUGCGAACGUGCAAACCGAACGCGUCGUCGGUUUGAUCCAUCCCCCGCCCGAAGACCGGCAGCGCUCGGAGUACUCCGACCGGGAACUGUUUCGAUCCUGCUGUUUAUGCGGCUGUGAUCGUCGACUGAUACUCGCUACGCACAUUGCGCAGGAAAUCCGCGAGUGUAUCUUCCGUGAGCUAGGCCUCCGGUGCUGUGCCGGUAUCGCACACAACAAGCUGCUGGCCAAGCUGGUGGGAGCGAUGAACAAACCGAACAAACAGACGGUGUUGCUGCCAACGGCGAGCAGUAGCUUUGUUGCAUCGCUCGGUUGCGUUCGAUCGCUCACUGGAAUUGGUGAGAAGACGGCACAGACACUAGCGGAAUGCUGCAACGUUACCACGGUUACCGAUUUGCAGCAGAUCGAGUUGGAGCGGCUAGCGCGCCACGUAGGCCAUGAGCAAGCCGUCCGCCUGAAGCAGAUCGCACUUGGUCGCGAUGAUACACCGGUACGGCAAACGGGUAAACCGAAAUCCGUUGGUCUCGAGGACUCGUGCCCAGCAAUCUCGGUACGAGCCGAUGCGGAGGAAAAGUUUCGCCAUCUGCUGGUGCGGCUAGUGAAAAACAUUGCCGAGGAUGGGCGAGUACCGAUCGCCAUUAAGGUGACGGUCCGGAAGUUCGAUUCCACCAAGCGCACCACCCACCGAGAAUCGAAGCAGGACAAGCUGCUACCAUCGUUGUUUCGGCACACCAGCGGUAAGCUCGUGCUGGCCGAAGGGGCCCAGGAAAAGCUGCUUGCGAUUGUGAUGCGCGUGUUCGAGCGAAUGGUCGAUCUGCGACAACCGUUCAACAUAACGCUGCUGGGAUUAUCGUUUUUCAAGUUCCAGGAGCGACGCGUAGGGAGCAAAUCCAUCGCCAAUUUUCUCAUCAAAAAGUCUGACAUCGAGGUACAGUCCAUUACGAACCUGAGCAAUGAAUCGAUUACCCUAAGCGAGACCAGCUUUUGUUCGAAUAAAUCGCUUACGGCGAUGGACUGUGAACCGUGUGGUGCCGGUGGUUCUUCCGAUGCCGGCUCACUUGCGUCCUUGUCCGGAUCCGAAUCGGACGUGGAACCAUCACCGAAAAAAUCGCGUCGUUUUCUGUACCGUGGCUACCGAGGGAGCAGUGAACAAGCGGCAGGGCAGCAGAAUCGGCGAGAGGAUGAGGCAACGCUCAGCAAGCUACGUGUGGCUGAUCUUCGUUUGAGUUCCAAAGACAACGACCACGAAACACCGCUAUCGACGCCACCGGCAUCCAUAUCGUCGUCGUCGUUAUCGAAGCCAGCGCAUGGUAAUGUCUCGAUCACUAUGCGGCAAGCGGGUGUUUCUCCAAUGGAGGUCUCUUCGAGUGCUACCAGCGCGGCGACUACGAAAGUACCACAACCUCCACUACCACCGGCGGUACCUAAGGAGUCGUUCUUCCGUCACCAUUUGAUGCAGGAAGCGCAACCGUCCACUUCUUGCUCCACGUUGACCAGUGAGACAGCGGCCACAGUCAACCACAGUGUCCAGCGUAGCGAAAGUACAAAUUUGCUUCCACCGAAUGUUGACCGGGAAGUGUUCCAUGCCCUACCGGCCGAUGUCCAACAGGAACUGCUUAGUAACUGGAGGCGGGCCAUGGAGCUGACCACUUCUUGUAGCGGUAACAACACCAUCAACGCUAGCUCUACCGUCGGGGCGCAUGUUAGCGUUAGUCCCGGAAGCAGUAAUACUGUCACGGCUAGUGUUAGUGCUGGUGUGUCCACCGUACCGGCCGGCAGUCCUCCUGCCGCAGCAAAUGCCUCAAGCACAAAGGCUAAAAACACUCUUCAUCGCUAUUUUGUUAAAAACACGUAGCAGCAGUUGGCUACAGCAGGGCACCCCUUUUUUGUAGGAUGUCGGCAAAGUUUGGGGUGGUUCCUGUGUGGAGGCAGAAACCAUGGCUCUGAUAACUUUUUUUUUUUAUCCCUGUACAUGCUAUUGUUUUGCUUCAUUUUUAAUUGUAUUAUUGUUUCUCGAUGGUUCUCCGGUGCAGCGGAACCAAGUUGUUUGUUUGUUUUCCAUUUAGAUAGUGCCCUCCUAGUGUGAUUGCCGGUAGGCCGUGGAAUCGAUUACUGAAGGUGUCCUCUUUUCUUUCCCUUUUUUUAUUACCUUACACUGUCCACUGGUUCGUUUGUGUUCAUGUUUUACGCUAAGUCUGGCAAGUCUGGCACAUCGUUCACAAGUACAUUCAUCUUCCAUCAUCGCCGCGUGUAUAUUGCGUGUGGACUAAAAGGACUACUUCAAAAGCGUCGAGCAAAAGUUAGUGUUUUACUUUCCCACUUCAUCAUCCU